AGUAUUUACCGGUAGCAGGGUUUAUCCUGCAAGGGCAGAAAGUGGAUCUACGUAUGCACAGAAAAUAUAAGCAGCUAAUCCAAGGAGUAUAAAAGUCCAUACAGCGGUUUGUUGGUUGGCUUCGAUCUUGGGACUGUUAUUGCAAGACAAAAUGCCUUCUAACGUGACGAAUUUUAACAUCAGGGAUGUCUGGAAAAAUAACAUGGAGGAAGAGUUCGCUAAAAUUCGUGAUAUAAUAGAAAACUAUCCUUAUGUGGCUAUGGUGAGUUCGAUAUAUUUUCAUGGUAAGAUUUUUGCACAGCCUCAUAAAUUUUAGCUUCAGGUUCUCAUACAUUUGUCGUCUUUAUUCAUAUUAAGUGAUAUGUGUGAAAAUGAGAUUGCCUCAGACACAAUAAAUGUAUGGGUUGUGCAGAAAUCUUACAAGUUUUAAAGUUAUUAAAAAAUCUUUUUUCACUGAAGAAAACAUAUACUAUAAAUGUGUGGUUACAGAAACAGCAAUGUUGCUGGAAAUUCUCUGGUAUGAUUUAUGCAAAGCUUUGGGUUAGACUGUAGGAUACUGCCCCCCCACUUGUGUCAAAAUCACUGGGAGAAAAUAAAGGAAUCUUUUCUUUUGACAAGUGUUGAACCUGUGAGGAGUGUCUAUGAGCUGUCACAAGAUAUGUUAGUACCUAUGGCCAGCUCCCAGCUUUCAUGACUUACACAAGUAUUAAUUUUUAUUUAGUGUUCUGUUACUCAACAAACAGAUGACUUAUCACAUUUGUCAAAAACUUCCUAUUCUUUUUCUCAGGACACAGAAUUUCCUGGUGUAGUAGCUCGACCAAUAGGAGAGUUCCGCAGCACAUCAGAAUACCAGUAUCAAUUGCUUAGGUGUAAUGUAGACUUACUAAAGAUCAUACAACUAGGUUUAUCCUUUUAUAAUGAGAAAGGCCAGCAGGCGCCUGUUGGAGCUACAUGUCAGUUCAACUUCAAGUUUAAUUUAACGUAAGUUUGAUUAAAUUAAUAUACUGUUGUGCUGCAUAUACAGAGGGUUGUAUAGGUGUAUGUCUGUGAUAUGUGGUUAGCUGAAUUCAAUAAAUUUUUUUUUGUGUUCUGUGACUAAAAGGUUGAGGAUGCCGCAAGAAAAGCUUGAAUUAAUUAUUGAUAUUUGAGAUUUUGUUUCUUAUUUUUGUUGGGAUGUUCAGUUUUGAGACCUCUGAAAGAUAAAUAAUGAGUAUGAAAACAUCUAAUGAGAUUGAUGAAGGUCUUUAAGUUGCUACGUGCAGUCUUUCUUUUCCUUUUCACCACUUUGCUGUUUUUUUGCACUCUUUUGCCGCUUUUUUCUUUACGUAAGAACAAGAUAAAGAACGGUACUUAACAUACUGAUUAUCGUGACCUGAAAGCUGAAAUGAAAUUUUGAUAUCGGUGAUUAGUGCUUAGUUAGUAGAGAGCUUAAGCAACCACGCAAUGACGACGACAACGACAACUUCAAAAAACAAUAGGUUUAAUGAUCAAAACAACAGCUCUGCAUGUGCAUCACGCUUUUUAGUACAUUUCUUUGACGUCCACUGCACGCUACGCCGUGAAACCUCCUAGUUUGAUGUUUUAUUGAGGACGUGGACAAACAACGAUGAAUUUUCCUUCCUCUCUUUGAACUUGAAUAAAAUCCUUACGAACUCAACUCCAGGAAAAGUCACCUGCAUUUGACAUAUUGAGCGGGUCCAAAUAGAUGCGAUUAAGUUUGAAAGAACACAAAUUCAUUUGUUUAGAGACGUUUUCACUGCCGUCGUCGUUGUCUUUGCUUAAGGUCCCUAGUUUUUUGGUCUGUGAACCGUGCCAGAGAACCACCCUUCUGUAUGACACUCUAUACAGCUACAGUAGUUACCAUGGUAAAUGCCAUUUACUGUGGUGCCCCUGUGUGUCGGCAGUGGCCCUGUGGUUAUUGCUUUCCAGUUGGUAAGAAGAGGUUACAAUUCAUGCCCUGCCAAAGUCAUGGUGUCGAGGUUUUACUCUCACAGUGCCUCACUCCACGCAGCUGUACCGGUGACUGUGAGGGACUACCGUCCUGUCGAGGGAGAAUAGAACUAUUGCUAAAGGAAAUGGGUAAAAACUCUUGCCUGAUGAGCCACUUGGCUUAUUUGCAGAUGGUCAGCUUGUUGAAAUUGCUAUUCAGAGGUCUGCUCUGACUUCUUGCUGGAUUUGUUUCUUGUUAGUUCGCAGUUAACCUCUUGGGCCCUGUGUAUAGCCAACAGGUUUUUUCUCUCCUGGAAGUUGGGGUUUAUGUUUGAUGUGGAUUGUUGAAUUUUAAUCUUCCAUCAAUUAAACGAAGCAUUUAUAAACUUUUUUUUCAUAUUUUACAGAGAAGAUAUGUAUGCCCAAGAUUCAAUAGAUUUACUCAAUCGAGCAGGAAUUCAGUUUAAAAGACAUGAAGAAGAAGGAAUUGAUGUUGGUGACUUUGCAGAGCUGCUUAUAACAUCAGGACUUGUACUUAAUGAAGAUGUAAAAUGGUUAUCAUUUCACAGGUAUUAUUUUGUGAUACAGUUUGACAGUUCCUUUUUGUCAAGCAUCUUCUCCAUUCUUGUCCUGUACUGUUCUUCAUGUAUGUUUUAUGUUUCUAAUAACUAAAGAGAAUUUGUUGAAGCUUGAUGAAUUUUCUCUUACUAGUCUGGAGCAGUCAUGCAGGCCUACCAAGCCCCUUUUUAACAAACAUUGUCUUUAUUUCGGCAUUUAACAUUGCUUGCAUGUUCUACAACUCAUAUUAUUUACCAGCCCAAUGGUUUACUCUGCUAACGUGGGGCUAUUUGACAAAAACUUUGUUGUGUCCUGACCACACCUUGGUUACCAUUUAUUGCUUAGUUGUUGCUACUGAAACGCAGCAGCCUAUCAAUAUUCUUCCACAAGACUUAGUUAUACAGACACUUUUUCUAAUGUCAGUUAAUUCUUUUCUUCUGUUUUCUAGUGGUUAUGAUUUUGCUUACCUUUUGAAAGUCCUGACAGCACAAAACCUGCCUAGUGAGGAAUCAGAAUUCUUUGAUCUCCUUAAGCUAUAUUUUCCAAAUAUUUAUGACGUAAAGUACUUGAUGAAAAGUUGCAAAAGCCUCAAAGGAGGCCUACAGGAGGUGGCUGAACUACUGGAGGUAAGAAUCCAAAUAAAUAAAUCAUUUGAUGAAUCUAGUCAGAUGCCAAUUCUCUUGAUUAUUAUUUGAUUAAUUAUGGAGUUAAUCGUGAAACAAACACAAAAAACAAAAGCAAAAGAAGUAAAGUAAAUGUUGAGUAGCUGUUAACAAACUUUCUCUGUUAAAUUUUUUUGAAGCUUGAAAGAGUAGGACCCCAGCAUCAAGCCGGAAGUGAUAGUCUUUUAACAGGAAAUGCGUUUUUUAGAAUGAGAGAGGUAUGCGUCCAUUUUUCCUGUUUUAUUUAGUAAGUAAUAUGAUAUUAUCAAAUCAUUUUUUCAAUUCGUCCUCAAAAUGCACUUGAUUGUUUCUUCAAACAAAACAGGAUUUUUACAAGACAUUUUUGAAAUAUAUUAGUUCAGUCCUCAAAUUAAAUUGAUCAAACAUACAUCACUGAAAUGACGGAAACAACAACAAUCCUCAAAGCACUUUGUUUAAGGUGUAUUUAACUGUAGUAUAUCAUGUCUAGCCAUAAAGAUCCAGAGAGAAUGAUUAUAUGAAAAAUAUCUCAUGAUUUGCAUUUCUUUGAAUAAAACCUGAAAACCUGUCAAAACUAUUGAAUUAUUGAAAGUGCGUUUUUGAAUUUCCCUACAACCUGAUUGGCCAAUUGAACAAUGGCUUUUCUAUUAGGCCAAACAUUGCUUGUACUCAAAUCUGAUAGUCUUUGGGAAUUUUUAUGCGUCAGGAUGCAGGACGCAGAGGUAACUAAAUCACUGGGGUCAGGCUGAGUUGGCAAUUUAUUAAUAAUAUCAUUAUUGCUUCCAUUCCAUAGAUGUUUUUUGAAGACAAUAUAGAUGAUGCAAAAUACUGUGGACACCUUUAUGGGCUAGGGACUUCAUAUGUAAAUGGCGGACAGGCCUACAGUGGACCUACCUCUAACAGCAACAACAAUUCUUCCUGAUACAUGUGAAGUGUGUAUUUUAACCCUGUAUCAUCAAGAUUUUUAUUUCACAUUUUCCUAGCAUCCCUGUCGCAGUGUAGAAUUUUUAAGAAAAUAUGAGAACUUAAGAAAAUCAUAUUUCAAAUAUACUUUUUUUAGUUUUCUUUUUAUGUCCAUCACCUUGACACUAAUUUUCAAAACAAAACAUGUGAUAUUUUUGUUCCAUAAAAUUUAUUCAUAAUUUGUAUUAUAUGGGCCAAAAAAUUUCUAAGAAAGCUCUGGCUUGUUUUUUUCUGAAUGAGCAUUUUGUACUGUGCUGACAAAGAAAGGCCAAAAUAAAGUUUUCUCAAAAUAAGUUAUAUCACUGGUUGAAACUAGCAGUUUGUUUUGCCUAGUUAUUGAAAACUAAUGGCAUGAUGAUGGAUAUUGUAUAGUCUGAGAAAACAGCUGACAUUUGGCCAUGCCACCACUGGUUUCCCU